AUGAAAGCGUUUUUGAGAACUGUUCUCAAACGCCAAGGCCGCCUAUUGCGUCCUCGAGUCCAGCUUCUCUCGGACUUGCAUCUCGAGAUCGGCCAACAGUACUUGUCCUACACAUUCCCUGCAACGGCCCCAUUUCUGCUCCUGGGAGGAGAUAUCGGACGGCUCAUUGACUACGAUGGAUACUUGAAAUUUCUCGAGGCGCAGGUGUCCCGGUAUGAAAAGGUUUUUUUAGUGUUAGGAAACCACGAGUUCUAUGGUCUAGACUAUGACGCAGGGCUCAAAGAAGCGCGGCGUCUUGUGGAGGAACCGUCUCUUGCCGAUACCCUCAUUCUCCUGGACAAGGCCCGAUGGGACGACCCGAACUCCGCACUGACAAUUAUUGGCUGCACACUCUGGUCCGCUAUCCCAGAAGAAGUAUCCGCUCUCAUUGAGUCCAAGAUCAAUGACUUUAAGAAGAUAGACGGAUGGACUGCUCAGAAACACAACGAAAUCCACGCCAGGGAGGCCGCAUGGCUUCGCGAGCAAGUCGCUCAGGCAACUAAGGAGCAGAGCGCCAAAAGGCAGCUUCUGGUAGCGACACACCAUGCGCCUUGCAUGGAAGGCACUUCUCGGCCUGAAGAUUCCAACAACGCCUGGACGCCCGCUUUCGCGACCGAUCUCCUUGAUCAAGAAGGCUGGGCUGGCAUCAAUACCUGGGCCUUUGGCCAUACACAUUACUCGACAGAUUUGGUGCGGAACGGCGUCAGACUGGUGGCUAAUCAGCGGGGAUAUGUACUGCCGGGCGGUACGACACAAAAGUUGGGAAACAAGAUGCUGUCUAAUUUUGACCCGGGAAUGGCCAUCGAGUUAUAG